CGGCUGCGCAGUGAGGCGCGUAUGGCCGCCGCCCCCCCGCUGGCCGACGCUGGCGGCGUAAGGCGCGCGGGCCCCGGAGCGGGCGCGGCGGAGCGCGGCGAGCCCGGCGCUUCCCGCCCCGAACAUGCGGAGGCCGGCCCAGGCGGCGCGGGAGCCGGAGCGGGGGCCCGAGCGGGCGCCGGAGCCGGAGCGCGAGCGGGCGCGAGGCCCGGAGCGGGGGUCCUCACCGCGCUGCUGAGCCCGGGCCGGCAGCCCAGACGCUACCCACGGGCCCGGCCACAGCGGAGCCAAGCUGUGAACCGUGAGCUUUGAGGCAGUGGGACCUGUCAGCAGAAUGUCUCCUGCCCCCGAGAGCGACCCCGAGGCCACCAAGAUGAGCACCGCGGCCUGGCCGGCCCAAGCGCCUCCGUCUCAGUAGCCAGGAGCUGCGGGCCCUGCCCGCCCGCCCGCCGCCGGGAUGUUCUAGCCUCAGAGGAGCCAGGACCUCAGGUUUCCACAGACUUAGGAUUUGCACGGCAGCAGAGUCACCGUGGAGAGGCCAGGGUAUCACAAACUUAUGGAUUUUGACAAGAAAGGAGGGAAAGGGGAGACAGAGGAGGGCCGGAGAAUGUCCAAGGCCGGUGGGGGCCGGAGCAGCCACGGCAUCCGGAGCUCGGGGACCAGCUCGGGGGUCCUGAUGGUGGGCCCUAAUUUCCGUGUCGGCAAGAAGAUCGGCUGUGGCAACUUCGGAGAGCUCCGCCUAGGAAAGAAUCUCUAUACAAAUGAAUACGUGGCUAUCAAAUUGGAGCCGAUCAAGUCCCGGGCCCCACAGCUGCACCUGGAGUACCGGUUCUACAAGCAGCUCAGUGCCACAGAGGGCGUCCCUCAGGUCUACUACUUCGGCCCAUGCGGGAAGUACAACGCCAUGGUGCUGGAGCUGCUGGGGCCCAGCCUGGAGGACCUGUUCGACCUCUGCGACCGGACCUUCACGCUCAAGACGGUGCUGAUGAUCGCCAUCCAGCUGAUCACGCGCAUGGAGUACGUGCACACCAAGAGCCUCAUCUACCGGGACGUGAAGCCCGAGAACUUCCUGGUGGGCCGCCCGGGGACCAAGCGGCAGCACGCCAUCCACAUCAUCGACUUCGGGCUGGCCAAGGAGUACAUCGACCCCGAGACCAAGAAGCACAUCCCGUACCGCGAGCACAAGAGCCUGACGGGCACGGCGCGCUACAUGAGCAUCAACACGCAUCUGGGCAAGGAGCAGAGCCGCCGCGACGACCUGGAGGCGCUGGGCCACAUGUUCAUGUACUUUCUGCGCGGCAGCCUCCCCUGGCAGGGGCUCAAGGCCGACACGCUCAAGGAGCGGUACCAGAAGAUCGGGGACACCAAACGCGCCACGCCCAUUGAGGUGCUCUGCGAGAACUUCCCAGAGGAGAUGGCCACGUACCUGCGCUAUGUGCGGCGCCUGGACUUCUUCGAGAAGCCCGACUACGACUACUUGCGCAAGCUCUUCACCGACCUCUUCGACCGCAGCGGCUUCGUGUUCGACUAUGAGUACGACUGGGCCGGGAAGCCCCUGCCGACCCCCAUCGGCACGGUCCACACAGACCUGCCCUCCCAGGCUCAGCUCCGGGACAAAGCCCAGCCACACAGCAAAAACCAGGCGCUGAACUCCACCAACGGGGAGCUGAACGCUGACGACCCCACGGCGGGCCACUCCAACGCCCCUAUCACGGCACCCGCAGAGGUGGAGGUCGCCGACGAAACCAAAUGCUGCUGCUUCUUCAAGAGGAGAAAGAGAAAAUCGCUGCAGCGACACAAGUGACCGGGCGCAUGCAGCCCCUGAAUCUUCUCCGUGCAGCCCCUCGGGGCUUGAGCUUGUGUGAGGCCUUCGGGGCCCACCCACAGCGGCCCAGGGCCAGACCCUGGCUGGAAGCCAGGACGCAGACUGCAGGGGCCGCCCUGGCUGGGCUGGCGGCCCCACCCCAGGACGUGGGUCACUCCCUUCACGUAAGACUUUGGCGAUAUUCCUACACCUGUGUCUAGUCCUUCCCUCCAAGAGCAUUAACUAUUUAAAACAAGGAAAAAAGGAAAAAACAGAGGCCCGCCUUGCCCCCACGCCUGCCCCUCCGUUUCUUUGCUGAAGUGAGUAGUGUGAUCUGGGGGCUCUGGCUGAGGCCCGGCCCCACCGGCCUCCCCCGUUAGCGUCAUAAAGUCCAGCUUGUCUCCCUCGAUCCAAAGGCCGUUUUCUCGAGGGGAGGCAGGCCCGGCCUGGAGGGGUGCCGUGGGGCCGUCUUGCCCAGGCCCUCCUGGGAGGAGCACAGGCAUUGCUGCCAGGGGUGAGGCCGUGCCGCGGGCCUCCCCGAAACCAAAGGGGAAGGCGGGGGUGGCGCCACAGCUGAAGCCGGCUCCCCAACCAAAAUGCUGCACCAAAGCCUGGGCGCCGCGGGCACAACCCCGCAGCCUCUUCCCAGCUGGUCCCGGCGAGGGCAGGUGGGCCCUGCCAGGCGGGUGCUUCUCAGUGCACCUGCUCCCAGAGGCUGUGCCCCGACGCCCAGAACCCGAGGUGGGACGGCUGGCUGGUGUCGCCCUGCUCAGCCCCGGGCCGUGCUGCGUGGAUCGUGGGCACGGGGCUUCCUGCCUCUGUGCUCCGCCACCCAGCCAGCGGCCAGACAAAACGCCUUAAAGCCCCGGCCCAGCCCCGCAGGUGUGCGCGCAGGGGCCUGGGGGCGCCCUGGACUGGCAGGCGGUCCCCAGUGGGGUUGCCUGGAGGCUGCCAGGCAGAGUGGGGCAGCUUGGGGCCGUGGCUGGGAGUCUAGGGUUUGCUUUACCAAGUGUACAGAAAUGGCAUUCACGUUUCUUUGACGCUCCCUUGAAGCCAUAGAAUUUAGGGGCUUUUUUAAAAAAAUAAAAAAAAUGAAAUCAAA